UAUCCAAAGGCCUGGCUCAGGAGUGAUCCUGUGCUACCUGUACCAUCAAGAUCAUGGUCAAGAUCAGCGACCCGUCCAGCUGUACGAUGUCAACACCGCUACCUUGAACCUCGUAUUUUGGCCGCACAACACCACUACCUGCAGCGGGAAUGAGGUGGCUGAAGAACAAGAACACCGAGAACAAGAGGAAUAUUAAACCCUCUCACAAUAAUCAAUAAUCUUUCACUCUAAUGUAAAAGAAAAAUAUGAAUUAUAUUAAAGCCGUGAGACAGAUGCCACGAGAUCAAAAUUAAAUAUAUAUUAGAUUCCUUGGCUGUUUAAUCAGUUUUAACGUUUUUUUUUUUCGAGUUUUUUAUGAAGAAAGGCGAGAACAAAAAAUGGUGUUUCGUGACUAUGCAUGUGACGUUAUUGGCGUAGGAGUGAGUGCCGGCCUGACCUUCACCUUCUACUACCUGUUCAAGACUGGUAGAGAGAUCGUACAUCAUUUAAAAGAUGCUGUGGAGUUGGAUGUUGAGCCCGGGCUGAUUGAGGCAGUGCGCAGGAGUGGAGGUGCCCUGAAUGCAUGUGUGCGGGGUGCGGUGAAGGCUUGUGAGGCGCCCAUCCAUAGCCUGGCCAGACCGGAGACCUGUGGGGUGUUUUGGCGUCACACCAUCAAGGAACACCUCACCUCACAGGUCAUGGGAUUCUGGUUGAAUGACAGUCUUCCAGUGUCCACAUCAACCAACAGUGUUCCGUUUAUGCUCAUGAGGAAAGGUGUUGGUGUACAGAUCACAGACCCUGGCAUGCUGGAGGCAGUGGACAUGACAAUUGUGAGUGAGAAAUUUGACGCAGCAAACACAUCUUUUCUCGACCAUGUUUGGGGGUGGAUGAAGGGCGUGAGAACAACAGGGACGCAGCAUACAGAGGAGAUGCUGCUGGAGGGAACAAGUGUGUUGGGCAUUGGUCGUCUGGUGUUGGGAGCAGAAGGGCUUUGUCUCGACCCCUCAGACACCGUUCCCUACAUGAUAACCACCAGAACUAAGAAGAGUCUUCUUGAGGACCUGCAGGCACCUCUACCUUACUUCAGGGUCCUGGGGGUGGUGACGGCCCUGGGGGGAGCUUACUGUAUCCUGAGGAUGGCGGGGCAGCUCGUUGAAGCAUGGAGGCAAAGAAGACGCCGCCGACGAGAACUGAGACUGCUUGAGGAGGCCCGAGCAAGACAGGGAGGCUCAGGGAUGACCAUAGGAGAAACUGAUUUGCCAGAGAGCCUGAUGUGUGUGGUGUGCUGUGGCCUGAGGGAUGUGCUGCUUCUCCCCUGCCGGCACAUGUGUGUGUGUGGUGCCUGUGCCUUCCGCCUGCCAGAGCCACGCGCUUGCCCCGUGUGCCGAACUGAGGUGGAGAGUGUUCAGCCCGUGUUUUAUUCAUGAUUUGUGUGUUUUGUGGUGUUUUUUUUGUCUCCUGUGUCUUUUUUUGUGAUUCAGUUCUUGGUUCUUCUUCUUUUCCUAGUGUGUGUGUGUGUGUGUGUGUGUGUGUGUGUGUGUGUGUGUGUGUGUGUGUGUGUGUGUGUGUGUGUGAUAUGUUCUUUUUCUCGUUCUUUCUUUUCUUUUUUGUGUUUUGUGAAUUCUGUGUGAUUUUGGUUUAUUAAUGUUUUUUUUAUGUUUGUUUGUUUUGAUGUAUGAGUGUAUGUGUGUGUGUGUUUAUCAGUACUUUUUCUUUUUUCUUGUUUGUUUUAGUUUUUUUGUAUGUUCUUUAUUCUCUCUCUCUCUCUCUCUCUCUCUCUCUCUCUCUCUCUCUCUCUCUCUCUCUCUCUCUCUCUCUCUCUCUCUCUCUCUCUCUCUCUCUCUCUCUCUCUCUCAUUUCUGUAUUUGUUUCAAGUUUUUUAUUUUUUUGAAUCUUGUCCUUUUUGUCGUUCAUAUUGUUCUAACCCAACCUGAUUUUUAUUCUUCCAUGUAUGAAUGUAUGUAUGUAAGUAUUAUAUGAAAAAAUCAUGUAUAUUAUGAAAAGUAAUAAUAAAUGGGAGAUGUACAUAUAUAUAUAUAUAUUUAUGCAGGUAUGGAAACGCACACAUGUACACAUAGGUAGUGCCUCAUUUAUGUGUAAUGGUGUACAUGGAGUUGUGAUAUGUACAGAUGGAAAUAUAUGGUGAUAUGGUCAUUGUAUUUAAACUGGACAAAAUACAUGUAGAAGUAUUAACAA